CAAUGUACCUCCUCCCUCCUCCUAAACGUAGAGGAACCAAAUCCAACUACAAUCACAAUGACAAUGUUUCCACUCAAUUUUGAGAGUCUCAAUCUCACAAACAUGCCCACAACGGCAUCGUCCUUGUUCUCAGCCUAUGCCUCCCUCACCGCAUUCAUAAUGUUGGUCCGUUCCAUAGUUGAUCAGCUGAUCCCCCACGAGCUCCGCUACUACAUCUACUCGGCCUUCGGCCGCCUCUUCACCCCUCGCCCCUCCGACCUCACUCUCAUCGUCGAUGAGUGCUGCGGCAUGGUUCAAAACCAAAUCUAUGAGGCGGCGGAGGUCUACCUCCGGACCAAGGUCAGUCCCCUAAACGACCGUCUCCGGGUGAAAAAGGCACCUCGGCAGAAGAACAUUACCGUCACGAUUGAAAAGGGUGAAGAAAUCAAAGACAGUUUCGACGGGAUAAACAUCAACUGGCGUUUUGUGUGCAGCGGAGGAGAGAAUGAGCAGAAUAGCCAUGCGCAACAGAAGCGUCAGUUUGAGCUGACAGUGAAUAAGAAACAUCGAGUCAAAGUAAUCGAGUCCUACUUGCCGUAUGUGCUUGACAGGGCCGAGGCCAUUAAGAAUGAGGACAAGGUUGUGAAGCUCUAUAGCCAAGAGGGGUCUUAUGAUCCGUAUGAUGAUGAAUCCAAUUCGGACUGGAGUUCGAUAAAUCUGGAUCAUCCGGCUACCUUGGAGACACUUGCCGUGGAUGCCGAGGUUAAGAGAACGAUCAUUGAGGAUUUGGAUAGGUUUUUGAGGAGGAGAGAGUUUUAUAAGAAGGUUGGGAAGGCCUGGAAAAGAGGGUACCUGUUGUAUGGUCCACCCGGGACUGGCAAAUCCAGCUUGAUUGCUGCCAUGGCUAAUUAUCUCAAGUUUGAUAUAUAUGAUGUGGAGCUUACUAGUAUUAAAGACAACUCGGAGUUGAGGAGGACACUGCUGACUACGACAAACCGUUCUAUCUUGGUCAUUGAGGAUAUUGAUUGCAGUGUGGAGGUGCAAAACCGGGAAUGUGAGGUGGAAGAUCAUCAACCAUCUAACACCAAGUUAACACUCUCCGGCCUACUGAACUUUAUAGAUGGUUUGUGGUCAAGCUGCGGAGAUGAGAGAAUCAUUGUGUUCACCACCAACCACAAGCACAAGAUAGACCCGGCAUUGUUGCGUCCUGGUCGAAUGGAUGUGCACAUUCACAUGUCAUAUUGCACUCCAAGCGGGUUCAGGAUCUUGGCCUCUAACUACCUUGGUAUGCAUGAAAGCAAUCCUCAUCGCCUAUGCGGAGAAGUUGAGGAGUUAAUCGAGAGCUCAAAGGUCACCCCCGCGGAGAUUGCUGAGCAGCUCAUGAAGAGUGAGGAUGCUGAUGUUGCUCUUGAACGACUUGUCGAUUUCCUGAAAAGAAAGAAGGAAGAGAGCAAUAAAAUUGGGGAUGAAGGGACUAGUAAAUCCGAAAUUCAAGAAACAGAUCAAAACGCAGAAAAGUGGAGCUCAGUCAGUAGCGAUGAUGAACUUAAAUCUUCUCUUUCAGAUGCUCAAGUAUGAAAGUGUUGUCUCCUUUUUGUUUGCCGGACAAUGCUUAGAUUCACCCAAGGGGUGAAUGAGUAUAUUCACACUGUCUUGUAAUUAACGCAUAAUAAUUUAUAAUUUUCUAAUCCAA